UAGUGAAUUGGAAAAAAUAAUUAGCAGCGUAAGAAAAGUGUAAAAUUUAUUUAGUAAUUUGUGUGCGGGUGCAAGACGGAACCAUAACGCGGAUAAGGAAAAAACAUCGUAAAAAAUGGCGUUGAAAGUGCUGGUUGGGCAAAAGAUUAUGAAUGAGGUGGUGAAGUAUAAGCCUCCACCACCCAAGAAGGCUGGCGCUGUAGCUGCUGCGAAGGCACCAGGUGGCAUGGAAUGGCGUGUGUUGGUUGUCGAUAAGUUGGGUAUGCGUAUGGUGUCUGCAUGCACCAAGAUGCAUGAAAUAAGUGCUGAGGGUAUAACUUUGGUGGAGGAUAUCAAUAAGAAGCGUGAACCGCUUCCCACGAUGGAUGCCAUCUACUUGAUAACACCAUCUGAUGAGUCGGUGCGUGCAUUAAUACGUGAUUUCGAGAAUCCGGCUAGACCGAUGUAUCGUUAUGCGCACGUCUUCUUCACUGAGGCAAUACCUGAAGACAUAUUCCAUAUGUUGCAAAUACGCAGCGACAUUACGCGCAAAUAUAUACGCACAUGCAAAGAAAUAAAUAUUGCAUUUUUAGCCUACGAAGACAAGGUCUACUCGCUCGAUUCGCCAGACACCUUUCAGUGUCUGUAUUCGCCAGCGUUUGCUUCGAUACGCGCCAAGCACAUCGAUCGCAUCGCCGAGCAAAUCGCGACUUUGUGUGCCACACUCGGCGAGUAUCCGAUGGUGCGAUAUCGCACUGACUGGGAUCGCAACAUAGAUUUGGCUGCUGCGGUGCAGCAGAAGUUGGACGCCUAUAAGGCGGAUGAGCCCACAAUGGGUGAGGGUCCGGAGAAGUCACGUUCGCAGCUGUUAAUAUUGGAUCGUGGUUUCGAUUGCGUUUCGCCAUUGUUGCACGAAUUGACACUGCAGGCGAUGGCCUACGAUCUCUUGCCGAUCGUCAACGAUGUCUAUCGCUAUACACCCGGUCCGAAUCAGCCCGAUAAGGAGGUGCUGCUCGAUGAGAACGAUGAUUUGUGGGUGGAAUUGCGACAUGAGCAUAUCGCUGUAGUGUCCACGCAGGUGACACAGAAUCUCAAGAAGUUCACCGAAUCGAAGCGCAUGACAUCGACCGACAAAGCUUCCAUGCGCGACUUGUCGCAAAUGAUCAAGAAAAUGCCACAGUACCAGAAGGAGUUGUCCAAGUAUUCCACACAUUUGCACUUGGCUGAGGAUUGCAUGAAGACUUAUCAGAGCUACGCCGAUAAGUUGUGCCGUGUUGAACAGGAUUUGGCUAUGGGCACCGAUGCCGAAGGCGAAAAGAUCAAGGAUCAUAUGCGCAAUAUCGUGCCCAUUCUACUCAAUGCGGAUGUCUCCAACUUCGAUAAAGUACGCAUAAUCGCGCUCUAUGUUAUGAUUAAAAAUGGCAUCUCUGAGGAAAAUCUAACCAAACUGUUCACACACGCCUCACUCUCGCCGAAAGAUCAGGAUAUGGUGCGCAAUUUGAGCUUUUUGGGUGUGAAUGUGAUUGCCGAUUCACGCAAGAAAGUCUACAAUGUGCCACGCAAAGAGCGCAUCACCGAACACACCUAUCAAAUGUCGCGUUGGACACCUGUCGUCAAGGAUAUUAUGGAGGAUUGCAUUGAGGAUAAGUUGGAUCAGCGUCAUUUCACUUUUCUGGCUGGACGUGCACAGAAUACCAACUAUCAUGCGCCAACUAGCGCACGCUACGGCCACUGGCACAAGGAUAAGGCACAGACACAGGUGAAGAAUGUACCGCGUCUCAUUGUAUUCAUUGUUGGCGGCGUUAGCAUGUCCGAAAUGCGUUGCGCUUACGAAGUAACCAAUUCCGUUAAGAAUUGGGAGGUGCUCGUCGGUUCGUCGCAUAUACUAACACCAGAAGGUUUCCUCAGCGAUUUGGGCAGUCUCUCCAAAGAGGAUUAAGCAGCAGCUACAGCAUAGGCUCGUUAAAUAAUUUAACUAAAAUUUAUUAAUUUAAAGGUAAAAUUUAAAUUUCUUUAUUUAAAAGCAAACACAACAACAACACUAACACAUGUAUUUAGUUUAAAGCAGAUAUUGAAAGGGAAGCCAGUUUGUAUUUGUGUAGGUAUUAGUUUAACAAGCGUUGUUGGUAUUCUUUUUUUUGUGUUUUUGUUUUGUGGAGUUUGAAAUUUUAUUGAAAAUAUGUUAUUGUAUUUGUAAUGUAUAAUUGUUAGCAAUAUUACGUUUUGUCCUUUAGGUUAACGUUACACUAAAGUGUUUAUAUUUGUAUUAAAAACUGACACGGACAACAACUUGUGUACACAAUUAGUUGAAAUAUGCGCUAUUGGAGGCAACUCUAACGCAUAUUUACUUACAUACAUACAACUUUUAGUGAAAAUAAUUAUAUGCACAUGCAUACACAUGCUUGUAUGUGUUUGUUGUGUUUAUUACAUAUAUGAAUAUAAAUUUAAUUGCUAAAAACAACAAUAAUAUUAAUGCGCAAGCAUCUCAAUGAAUUCCAAAGUAUUCACGUUGUUUAUUGCAUUGUCUUUAUGUCGCAUAUUUAAAUGGAGAAAAAAUAUAUAAAACUAUUUUAUACAACUAUAAUUGCAAUUUAACUUAUAUAUAUUAUACAUUCAUAUACUACUUUAUUAACUACUAUUACUUGCAAUAUUUGAACAAUUUAUGCGCUUUUCGUAGUAAAAUCUUCUAUAUGCAUAUAAAAGUAAGCAAACAAAUUGUUGCGGCGAAAAAAAAAAACAAAAUAAAUGCAAACGUAAGAGUUGCCACAAGUAAACAAAAAAAACACCGAUUUUUAAUUUCAAAUUUUAACUAAUAAUGAAAAAAUAUUAAAAUAAAAUUAAAAAAUAAUAAUAAAUUUAAAUUUAAAAGAAAAAAUUUAAUUAUAUAAAAAAAUAUUAAAACUAAAUAAAAAAAUAAUUAUUAUAAAUUUAAAUUACAAAAAAAAAAAAAAUUAAGUAAAAAAUUGUAGCAUGCGCACAAUGCAGUUCAUUUGAGCAGAAGUUGUCGUGGAAAAAAUGUGCUGUAAAACAAAAUUAUAUAAACAACAAAUUUUCAAAUAUAUUAAAUUCAACAUUCAAUGCACUUGCAAACUGUAACUGUAUGCAUAUUUAGUAUAAAUAAUACUUGAAACAAACAUUUAUUUUACACGUAAAAAUUAUAAAUUUAUUAAAAUAAAAAACGGUUUGUUUUCAACCUUAUCCAUAAAACGUAUGUGAAGACGUAUGGCAAGAAAGCUACGAACAAAAAUUAAAUGAAAAACUAAAUUUUCAAAAAACUAAACAAAUAAUGUUUACAUAAAAUUUAUUAAUAAUAUUAGCAAAUUAAUAUGCAUUGUUAAAACGACUUAUACUAAUGUAGUAACCGUAGAAAUUAUUAUGCUUGCGUUGCUUCAAUGAAAUUUGCAAAAUGCCUGCGGAUAAGUUUUGUGCAGAACAACUACAAUAAAUGCUAAUACUUAUGGCUAAUUAACAAUUAAACACAAUUUCAAUUAAUAACAAAUUUUACAGCAACAACAAUUUAUAGUAUUUCAAAACUUUUUCAAAACACCUUAACAAAGACAACUUAUACGAGUGCUAAGUAAUUAAAGCGUUAAAAUCGCCGAUAAUGCUCAUUUCAAUGUCAAAAUUGCUAAAAGCGUCAGUUGUUUGUCAGCAAAGUGGCAGUGCUAGCGAUGUAAAGUGAGGUUAGGAGCAAAAAAAACUUUAAAAAGUAAAUUUUCGCAAUGCAUGAAGAUGCGUGUGAUGUGAACUUGGAGUUUUAGCAGCUAGCUGUUUAUAAAUUCAUGUUAUACCAGCGACUGUGUGAAGGGAAAUGUGUAAAAUUAGCAAAAAUUCAAAAUUUCCAAAAAAAAACCGCAGCUUUGCUGGCAGACAGACAGGCGCUUGACAGCUACUACUUCCUACUAUUACACUAAAUCACGCAAACUAAACUAAAAAAAUCUUACUACAGAACGUUAAACACAUAUUAGGUUUGUUACGUAACUCUAUUUGCGUCUAAAAAAACUCUAAAACAUCUAUGCAUAUAUGUAUGUAUGAAAACACUACGUAUGUACAUACAUAUAUGCGCGUCAAGCAUACAAAAAACUCUAAUUCAACUAUUCAUCGCACCACAUAUAUACCUGUGUGAUACUUCCAAGAAAAAAAAACAGAAAAAUAACAAAAACGAAAAUGUAAACAUACUCGUACACCUCUACAUACUUACUUUAAAUAAUUUAUAAUAAAACUAGUCGAGGAAUGUGUAGUUAAAAUAUAUAAUAAUAAUAAAAAUGGAAUGCGUUUACAAUGUUGGCAAAGCAAAAAAAAAGAAAAGCAAAAACAGAAAUACAUACGAAUGUUUGAAAUGCAAUACAGUAUUUUACAAUUUACAUAAAUAUAUAAAAUAAACGAGUUAGCGUAUAACGAGCGUACAGCAUAAAAUAACGAGCAGCAAAUUUCAAUUCUUUAUAUAUAUACAUAUAUACAUAUACAUAUAAAUAUAGUUAAAUUCAAUAAAUUUAGUUAAUAAGUAUGGAAAUUAUAAAAUAUACUCUUAAAAAGAAAAUAAAUAAUAAAUAACAUCAAAUUUAGCAAAUGCCUACACCCAACGCGCUACACUCAGUCUGCGCAACAACAACAGCAGUCAGCAAAGACACGCACCCAAUAGCCGCUGCUGGCUAUUAAAAUAUUUGCUGCCAUACAAGCGACCAACCAACAACAACAACCGGCAAAUGAUGCUGCAAUUUGUCUCAUUUGCAAAAACAACAACAUUUGCAGUGUUAAAAUUGAGGAUCACAGGGCAAAUUGCAGCGUCUGCAAGUAUAUUGACAGCUUGCAGCGUUGUGUAUGUGUGCGUGUCGUAUGUUUUGUUGUUGUGCUGUGCGAGCGAACAGUGUCAAGUGCGCGUGUAGUUGUGUUUGCUAUAAAAAUAUUUCAUGUAUUUCAGUAGUGAAAAAAUAUAAAAUAUUAAUUGUUUAUUGCUUGUUAUAAAUAUCAAAAAUAAAAAAGUUAGUAAAUACACACAAGACAAAAUAAGUUAUCGCCAAUAAGGGUACUAAAAUCAAAACCAAACGAAAAAAUGUCGAAUUGUGCAUGCACGUACAUGCAUAUGUAUGCAGUUUUGCUGUAGUAGCCAACAAUUGCAAUUCGCAUAACAAAAUUAUAUAUUUAAAAAAAAUAAUAAUUAAAAUACAAACAUGCGUAUAUGUGCACACAUUGGCAUUGCGUAUACGUCAAAAUUAGUAAUUAAUUUAAUAAAUUAUAAAUUAUAAAUUCAAUGAAAAUACAUUUACAUAAGUGUAAAGAAACAAAAACAAAAAAAACCAACACUUAUACAUUAUUAUUGCAAACAUUUAUUAACAGAGCAUAUAUAUGUAUAUGUAUGUAAACCGUAUUAGUAAUUAUACACCACAUAUGUACAUUUAAUUAAUAAUUGCAACAAAUAACAAUAUCUUAAUAACGAACGCAUGACAAUUUUGCAAUAAAAGCUGAACAAGUGGCAACGCGCACACUGUCCCGGGCAUUCUAACGGAAAUGUGACAGCAGCCCAGAUGCAGCGAAAAAUGCAGCAGCAAUAACGGCAAACUGUAACUGCACUUGCAAUCAGCAGACAACCGCGUGCGCGUACACAUCAAACGAAUUGAAACGAAAGUAAUCAUUGUAACACCAAAACAAAUAUUAAAACAAUCGCUUAAAUAAUAUUGUGGAAAAACGCCUUGAGUAUGUAUACCAUACAUAGAGUAUAUAUAUUUCAACAAACAAGCAAUAAUAUAAGAUGAAAACACAACAGUGACAACAACAACAACAAAACGUUCAACCAACUCGUACAUAAUUCUGUCAAUUUUUUUCUUAUUAACGCAACGCUGCUUACAGUGUGUGCAUUUUUUAUAGCGUAAGCCAAUUUUAUAUAUUUAUGUGUGCACACGCCCAGCACGCAGCACGUGUGGGGUUUUAAGCAAUCAGUAUAGCAAUUAAAACUAAAAACACAAAUAGAAAAUAAAAUUAUGUUUAAACGAAAUUGAAAUGAAAAAUCAGAAAAGGUUUGCAGAUUUGACGAAAAAUGAACAGCAAGACAGCAUUUGGCAAAGAAAAAUAAAUGUGUAAUAGUUAACAGCAAAUGUUAAGUGAAAAGCGUGAAAAAGUGUGAGUAGACAAAAUUUUGCAAAUUUCAUUGAAGCCAAGCGGGGAAAUUGUGCAAAAUAAAAGCAGCGUAAUAUUUAAUGAAAAAAAAA